AUGCACAUUAAAACCAUUAGAGCAGCCUUGAUUUCGAAUUACGAAGUAUUGAGACUUUUAGAAGAAAGCCAAGAAGCACAGAAACAAGUACAAAUAGCGGAUCCCUCAGUAGAAUACCCAGAACAUUUAAGAACAGUUCAAUUUGAAUUGACAGAAUAUCUGAAGGAAACACCAUGUAGCACACAAACACCACAACAAGUCUCUGAUUUUUUAAAUGCCUUAUCCAGAUUUGCACUGACACGGGCCGAAAAGUUACAAAUUUUAAACUGGAGACCCAAAAGCACAGUCGAGAUUUACUUGAUUAUCGAAGAGUGUGAAGAACGUUUUUCAGAAGAGGAUUUAGAGGAAAUGCUCAACUCAAUUAUUGUUUGUUUACCAAGAGAUGACGAUGAAGUAGAGGAAGAAGAAGAGGAAGAAGAGGUUGAAGAAGAAGCAAUGGAGGAAGGCGAAUAA